AUGUCUUUCGUCGCCCGCGUCUCUUGCACUACGAGAGUAUCCUUUACUCCAGCCAGAUCGGCUGUGAUUGCAGCAUCGCGGCCGGCUCUCUUUUCAACCACUAACCGACACUUCGAUAAAGGGCCAAUCCAAGUUACAAAAGACACUCUCAAGAAAGCGGAUAGGGUUGUCUCCGAUGCUGCUGUUAAAGGCAUUGAAAAAGGAGAGGAAGCUGCACAAAAGAUCGGAGAGACCUUGGGCCAUCAUGCGAAGGAAGCUAAACGAGAGGGGAUGAGAGCCGCUGAGCAAGGUAAAGAAACUGCUCAUCAGGCGCAAGAGAAGGCCAAAGAGAAGGCUGUUGAUCUGGAAGAGAAAGCCAAAGAAGAGGCAGAGGAGUUGACCGGGAAGGCGUGA